AUGCGUAUUUUUCUUGUGCUACUCAUUUGUCUUGCCAUUGUGUCCGCAUUUCACAACACGAUUACAUUAAAAGCGGUACCAGUUGUCAUAUGGCAUGGAAUGGGUGAUAAUUGCUGCAACCCGUUUUCGAUGGGCAACAUCAAAAAACUUAUCGAAGAAAAUGUUGAUGGAGUUUAUGUGAAAAGUUUGAUGUUUGGAGAUAACUUGAUGGAGGACACAGAAAAGGGUUUCUUCGCGGAUAUGAAUGAUCUGGUAGCGGAUGCUUGUAAACAGAUUCGUAACGAUACACUGUUACAGUUUGGAUAUAACGCAAUUGGCUUCUCACAAGGAGCACAAUUCAUAAGAGCUGUGGCGCAAAGAUGUCCUGACCCGCCAAUCAAGAACCUCAUAUCAGUUGGUGGACAACACCAGGGUGUAUUUGGUCUGCCCUAUUGUCCUGGAGAUACAACACUGUGCAACAUGAUUCGGAGGCUACUCGAUUUGGGAGCUUACAACCACUAUGUUCAACACCAAGUCGUACAAGCUCAAUACUGGCAUGACCCCUUACAUGAAGAUGAGUACAAAGAGAAAAGCAUUUUCCUCGCUGAUAUUAACAAUGAACGAGAAAUCAAUACUGACUACAAGAAGAACCUACUAAACCUUAAGAACAUGUUACUUAUCAAAUUCACAAGGGACCAUAUGGUCGUACCUAUGGAGUCUUCGUGGUUCGGAUAUUACAAAGAAGGUGAUAUAGAUACAAUAAUGACGAUGAAUGAGACGAAAUUAUACACCGAGGACCGAAUCGGCCUGAAAAAGUUGCACGAAACAGGUCGCUUGCAUUUUCUCGAAGUAGAAGGUGAUCAUCUCAAGAUUACUCGCGAAGAAUUCAAAAAAGAAGUUAUCGACAAGUAUUUGAAAUGA